AUAACCAAUUUAAUUUUGUUGGUACCAAUCAGCUGUUGGAAUUUUGAUAACACGUGUUCGAAAGAAAGCAUCUCCAAAAUUUUCCCUUUGUAUCCGCCGUUCACAAUUUUGAGCCCUCUUUAUUUCUGCCAUGGACGAACUUCAAUCCUUUCCAUCACUGAAGAAAAUGUCGAAAGCGAAGGAGAAAACAGGAAGCGGCAGCCAAAAUAUUGUGGCUACAAUCGACGAUUUAGGGGACGAUCUCAUGCAGAACAUACUCACUCGGUUGCCGGCGCUAUCCUUUGCAUCGGCGGCGUGCGUUAGUCGCUCCUGGAACUCUCUCUGCCACCGCGUCCUCUCCGUUCCGAAGCUUUGCUCCGCCGUAUCUUUUAACCCUACUCUUGAGAAUGCUGUGAAUGAGGUUAUGGACAAAGUCUUACUUGAACCAAUUCGCCCUCAUUUCGUGAUGGUGUCUAUUGGUCCCUACUUUUGCUUGCAAGCUGCUUUCCAAAUGAUUGAAGGGAAAUUUGGUACCAGGAUUCCUGUAAUUGUCAAUGUGUGCGAAGGAGUUAUUGGCAGGAAUGUGCUCACAGAUCAGUUUGUAGAGGUUCAAUGGGAAAUAACAGAGGAGGAGGAUCAUGGUGCUGAAUUGCUCGAAGAAAAAGGGGGCAUUUCAAUGACAAUUGGAUUUUUACCAGGACUAAAGGUCCAUAUAGUUCCUCUGUUGUUCAGGAAUAAGGGACCUCAGGGCAUUCUUAUUGAUGACUUUGUGAUGGAUAUCAAAGGAGCUACAUCAACUGUCUCAGAUCCUGCAUCUCCUGCUGGAAUAAUAUUGUUUUCUGAUCGGGAAACAGACAUCAACCCAGUUCUUCAAACACUUGAAUAUGCCUUGUCUGAGGAUACAUUCAUUGUUGGUGGUGGAGGCUGUCAAUUUCUGUAUAGAAGUGAUAAUAGAAACACUAUUACCAAUUCACCGAACUCCGGUUGUGCAGCAGUUGCCCUAGUAUUUGCAAGGGAUGCGAACAAGCCUUUGGAUAUUGGAGAAACUAAAUUCCAUGUCAUGUUGUCAACUGGCAUAUCACCAAUCGGUCCCACCUACAAAGCAGCUUCUGUUAAAAGUCGGCAAAAUUCUACCUGGCUCACUGCAUCUAGAGAAACAGUUCGUGGGCAUCUUGACGGCCAAGCAAUUUUAGAGGAAAUCUAUGAUGAGCUAGGAGAUCGUAUACAGUAUCCAGCUUUCUAUAUUGGAGUAACCAAAAGAAGAAAAUGCUCAUUUGGGAUGGAAAGAGUAAGACGGAUGCAAUUUCUUGAAUUCCAUGAAGUGCGGGGAGGGGAUGAAGAAUAUCUGAUUGUGAAUUCUGUUGGUAUCAAAACUGGAGACCCCUUCCGUUUUUAUAUCUCAGAUUCAGGAGCUGCUUUGUCAUCUUGCACCAAACUUUCAAAUAACCUGAGGCAUCUGAAGCUAGGUUGUGACUGCGGAAACAACCAUGUGAGCGAUGUUGAUCAUUUUGACAAAAGUAACGUCUUUGGUGGCAUUAUCUUUACUUGUUGUGGCCGGGGCGACUCAUUCUUUGGACUUGCUGGUAUCGAUAGCUCACCUUUUCUGAAGAACUUUCCUGGGGUUGCUUUUGGGGGUACUUACUGCGCUGGGGAAAUUUGUCGUGGGAAUUUGAACUUGUAUGACCAAGACAAUGAAGAAGGCGAUCUUGUCCACUGCAGUCAGCAUGUCUACAGUGCUGUUUACUUAGUCAUGACGUACUGUCCGCCGCUACCACAACAUUAGAUAAAUAUAUCAUCCGGUCUUCGCUAGAUGGUCGUGGCGUAGGUGGAAGGUUGUCUUCUUGAUGUCGAGGUCCAUAAAUGGUUUUAUAGUAACUGUGGAAGAGCAUUAUAUGACUGAGACAAGUCUACUAUGUGUAAAGUCUUUACAUUUAAUCUUUUUAUGUAGAAAUGCAAACAAUUUUCUAAUUCA